GAAGAUAGGAAUAUCUCUUUCAAUUUUUUUCAUGCUAUAUUUUUUUUCCCCAUUAUUCACUUAUAAACCAAAAUAUGAAUUAAACUUGAACCUGAAAUAACUCCUCACUUUUCUUUUCCCUCAUUUUGCUUGCCUUUCGCUCUCUCUCUCUCACACUCUCUAAUGGAGCAGUCUGAGAGCUCAUCAACCCACCUUCAUCAACAACCAGAACAACAACAACAACAACAACAACAACAACCAACCGGGUCAUCCGACCCGACCCAUCACUUAACCCUUCCACCCGGUUUCACACCCGAAGAAUCCAAUAACCUAAGCUCAAGCAUAACCAAUUUCCACUCUUACCGAGUCAACUACACCCAAUGCUCUUCCCUACUCGCACAACGCAUCCACGCGCCACCACAUGUCGUCUGGUCCGCCGUCCGCCGUUUCGAAAAGCCACAAAUAUACAAACACUUCAUCAAAAGCUGCUCCGUCUCCGAAAACUUCUCCAUGCACGUGGGCGCCACGCGCGAUGUGUACGUCAUCUCCGGAUUACCUGCGAAUACGAGCACCGAAAGACUCGAUCUAUUAGAUGAUGAAAAGUAUGUUACUGGUUUUAGCAUAAUUGGUGGUGAGCAUAGAUUGAGGAAUUAUAGGUCAGUUACCAGUGUACAUGGUUUCGAAAAUGAUGGGAUAAUCUGGACCGUUGUUUUGGAAUCGUACGUCGUCGAUGUACCUGAUGGAAAUACUGAAGAAGAUACGCGUCUUUUUGCUGAUACUGUUGUGAAAUUAAAUCUUCAGAAAUUAGCUUCCGUUGCUGAAACUAUUGCUCGUGGAGGUUACUAAGAUAAGAUUGAGUCUAUGAAACUUUGAAACUACAAGCUUUGAAGAAAUAAGAGGAAAGGAGAGUGGGAGAUAGAGGAGAAGGUUUUCGACACAAAUUUGAUGUUUGAAUACGUUCGACCAUUUGAAAAGAAGGAGCAACAUAUGCCCAUAACUGGGACUUGGGCGAGAUAUAACUUUUAUCUAUGAAUCUUUUUUUUCUUUUCUUUCUAUUCAAUAGUUUAUAUACACGGUAGUUUUAAACAUCUUUUAAGUAUUGCCGUUCUUUUGUUUAAUCUAUUAAUUAAUAUAGAAUUAAGUUUUAUUGA